CAUCCGAUAGAAAAGCUCUUGCAAACACUAUUCAAAGGUCAAAUUGAAACGUGCAAAUUAUAUAAUUAAAAAAAACAGAAUUAAAUAACAUUUCAAAAAUUGUAACAUAUGGUUAUAUAUUUAUUAUUAUAUUAUUUAAUUUAGUUCGGUAUUUAGUACUAUAUCAUUUAAUGGUGGAGUGUUACAGCAUGUGUUUCCAGUUUGUGGAACGCCAAUGAUUUGUAACUGUGUUUACAUAUUUUGGUAUGUAAGGCAUUCGUGAAAAAAUCAAAAAUCAUCCCAACACAAAAAAAAAAAAUCUACUUGAUUCAACGAAGUAAAUAGUGCCGGCAAAGCAAUUUUAAAUUGGCAGACAGAGAAGUAAUGAAAAUCGUCUACCAUACUGUUGUAUGAUAUCAUGUGGUAGUAUCUAGAGGCUUAGAUCAGUUGUCUUCUGGACCUUUGUCAAUACUUUUCCAAGCAUCUAUGGUUGAUGACAGGACACAAGGUAUUAAAAACAACUUGAUUCCUUUUUAUCAUGUGGUACUAGUAUCUAACCAUUGUUGCUAACAUAUGCUGCAUCUAGAUGGAACUCUGGGAAAAGGGAAUGGAGAUGGUUUUGCACAUUUGGGAAGGCCAGAUGACAUUGAUGUCUCCAUUAAAUUAAGAGACUGGUUGUUUGCUUUGGAGGGCAGGGAAGGUGUGACAGAAAGGUGUUUGCAUAAUGAUAAUGAGGAUAUUGGUAGAGAAGAAAGGUGUUGUUGGCACACAAAUUUCCACACUUUCCAAGUAAUAGCCAAGAGUACACCAAAGCUUGUGGAUCCAAAUGUGACAGAAAGCAAUUAUUGAUGCUCACAGAUAUCCUGUAGACUCAGUUAAUGUAAGUAUCUGUAAACCUUAUAUUUUUCCACAGCUCAAUCCCAUUCCUGAACUUUCUGAGAUUAAAUGAUAGUCAAAUCAUCUUGAGGGCUGCCUUUAUCUUCCUGGUCUCUUGUAGACUCAGUUAAUGUAAGAUAUCAUGUAGACUCAGUUAAUGUAAGUAUCUGUUCACCUUAUAUUUUCAACAGCUCAAUUCCAUUCCUGAGCUUUCUGAGAUUAAAUGAUAGUCAAAUCAUCUUGAGGGCUGCCUUUAUCUUCCUGGUGUCUUACAAAAUUAUAUUCUUGAAUGCAAUAAUGACUGUGGACCUUUAGGUGUUACUGAGCUUUUUUUUUAAUUUUAUUUGGGAAAUGCAUUAUAGGUCAUUAUGACACGUUAAACUGGGCGGCAGAAAGUCUGAAAUUCUCUGUUAAACAACCUGUAAGUGAAACUAGAGAGCUUGCAGAGCUUGAUGGCUAAACUACGAACCCAAAUCUAAAUUUAUACUCCCCCCACCCCUCCCAUAAGAGACGGGGAAGAACAAGUGAAGCAGCUAUACUAGUGAGAAUCACCACUUAAAGCGGGAAAUUUUUGUAUUUUUAAUACGCCCAGAAACUAUAUAUGUGUAUGCAUUUGAGCUACGCCCAAAAGUUUUGAUAUUUACCAGAAAAGCUCUGUUUUUUUUUCUUUAGAUUAAUCAGAAAGCUCUGUUUUUUCAAGUUGACAAGAAAAGCUCUGUUUUUUGUCUGUGUACUUUCUUCAUGACUGAUUUCAAACUCUACGAAUGUAGGUGACAGUUGAUAAAGGGGAUAGCUUUUCGUGUGAUUUAGAUCCAAUCUCUGUUUGUGGAUAAUGAUGUGUACUUGUGUGGAGAAUCUCAUUGUUUCGAAACCAUACUUAUUAGACCCUUCCUUGUACCUCAAGGCUCUCAAAUUAUGCAGCUAUCAAACCAUCGAGAAACAGUUUGUGUUGAUCCAUGGGAACUCUGUGACAAAUGGGUUCAUCUCGAAUCUCCACUUGAACAACAGCUUGGUGAACUUAUACGCAAGACACGGAGAUAUGGAACACGCGCGCAAACUGUUCGAUAGAAUUCCUGAAAGAGAUGUUGUUUCUUGGACAGCUAUGAUCUCAGGAUAUUCUCGAGUUGGGUAUCACCGGAGCGCGUUGCUGUUGUUCAAAGAGAUGCGCCGGGAGCCUUUUAGGGCUAAUGACUUUGCUUACGGGAGUGUUUUGAAGUCGUGCAAAGAUUUGGGGUGUCUGAAAGAAGGGAUGCAGAUACAUGGUUGUGUGGAGAAAGGGAGAUUUGCAGAGAACUUGGUUGUGAGGAGUGCGUUGCUUUGUCUUUAUGCUAAGUGUGGUAAAAUGGAGGAUGCUCGUCUUCUGUUUGAGUCAAUGAAAGUAAGAGAUUUGGUUUCUUGGAAUAUAAUGCUCGAUGGAUACACUGAAGUUUCUACUGCAGAUACCUCGUUUAGUCUGUUCCAGCUGAUGCUUGCAGAAGGGAAGAAGCCAGAUUGCUAUACCUUUGGGAGCCUCUUGAGAGCUUGUAUCCAAGUUAACUGUCUUGAAAUGGUCAGUCAAUUGCACGGUUUUGCCAUCAAGCUUUGCUUCGGGAGAUCAGAUGUUGCACUGGUCAGGUCUCUGACCGUUGCGUAUGCCAAGUGUGGUAGCCUUGGCAAUGCUUUGAAACUGUAUGACCGCACGAUGAAAGUAGACUUGAUAUCUUGCACUGCUAUAAUCACAGGUCUUGCACAGCAGAACAACUUCACAAGUGAUGCUUUUGAUAUCUUCAAAGAGAUGAUACUGAUGAAAACUCAGAUGGAUGAGGUUGUAGUAUCCUCAAUGCUUAAAAUAUGCACCACCAUUGCAUCCAUAUCCAUCGGAAGACAGAUCCACUGCUUCGCCUUAAAAUCCUCCCAAAUCAGAUUUGAUGUUGCUUUGCGUAACUCUCUGAUAGAUAUGUAUGCAAAGUCUGGGGAGAUUGAGGAUGCAUUCCUUGCUUUCGAAGAGAUGGAAGAGAGAGAUGUGAGAUCAUGGACCUCUUUGAUUUCAGGAUACGGAAGACAUGGGAAUAUAGAGAAAGCAAUUGAUCUUUAUAACAAAAUGGAGCAUGAAGGGAUCAAACCGAACGACGUCACAUUUCUUGCUCUCUUCUCCGCUUGUAGCCAUACAGGAGAGACCGAGAUUGCGUGGAAGAUUUUCGACAGAAUGAUCAACAAGUACGGUAUCAGAGUUCGAGAAGAGCAUUUAUCUUGCAUGGUAGAUAUGCUUGCACGCGGUGGAAACUUGGAAGAUGCUUAUGAACUGAUAAGAAGUGAAAAUGGCAUUACGAGUCUUAGCUCAUCAACAUGGGGAGCUUUUCUUGAUGCGUGCAGGCGACAUGAGAAUGUGCAACUCAGCCAAGUAUCAGCAGCGCAGCUUCUGAGUAUGGAACCGGAGAAACCAGUCAAUUAUAUUAAUCUGGCAAGUGUAUAUGCAGCUAAUGAAGAUUGGGACCAUGCUUUGAAGACUAGGAAGCUUAUGAAAGAGGCUGGUUCUUGCAAUAAAGCUCCUGGAUACAGCAUUGUGUAUUGAACAGCAGGCUAUAAGACAACAAUCUCACUAAUGGUUUU